ACAUGGAUCUUCGUGAAAAGCUCAAUGAGCACCGUCGCCAAAAUUUUCUUUGUGAUGUUAACCUUAUUGUUGAGCAAAGAAAGUUUCCGGCUCAUAAAUUUGUCCUUGCUGCUACUUCUGAAUACUUCAGCAAUAUGUUUGUUGAUGAAGCCCCCCCUCUGCCACCGAUGCAUUCUACCGAAAAUGAUGAGCAAAAGGAAAACGGCAAAAUUUUACAGCCAAAAGAAGACGACGAAAAUGAAUUAGUGGUUGAUGCUAGCAGUAAAAAUGGUCAUAAGGCGGAAUCAAAUGAGAUGCAGAGUGAUGAUAAAGUUGGCAACUCUGCCAAUGGGACAUUUGGAAAGUCUGAAAAAAUAAUUGCAGAUGUCGAAUUAGAGGGCGCUAAAGCCAAUGGGUUUGAAGCAAUCCUAAAGUUCCUCUAUACCGCAAGAUUCUCCUGCAAAGCGGAGACUGUGAUGGAGGUAUUACACAAUGCACGAGUGUUGAAGCUCUCAGACGUCAUGCAAAACUGUCUUGUCUACUUGUGUCAAAACAUGACUGUCCUCCAAUGCAUUCCAACAUACCAGAUGGCACUUCAAUACAAUUAUUUUCCACUUGUGGCUUCUUGUAAACAGAUUGUACUGAACAAGUUUUCGGAAUUGUUGGUGACUAAACAUUUCUUGGAAAUGAGUCCUGUUUUGCUGUGUCAGAUGUUGAGCGACGACAAUCUCAAAAUUCCUGAUGAAAAGCUUGCAAUGCGGGCGGUCAUAAAAUGGAUCAUGCAUGAUAUAACAGUUCGAAAAUCUCUGGCUGACCGAAUGCUGGCGUCUAUUCGAUUCUCGUACAUCAAUACUUCUGACUUCCUCACAGAACUGGACAAAUGCAAGGACGUAGUUUAUCUGAAGGAGAGAUUCGAAGCGUGUCAAGUUUUCAAAUCAGACAAGUCACUUCUUAGUGGAGCUUUUUCGCUUUCAUUCGAAUCAAAUAUAGGCAAAGAUGGUAGCCAAAAAUUCCCAGAACUAGUUUCGAUGCAACAUAUUCCAAGAAAGAGUUACAGACCCAAAAUAAUUUUAACUGGUGGAGUUUCAUCGUACAGAAAUUCAAUUAUAGAUUGGUGUGACAACUACGAUCUAUUUGCUCAUUCGUGGUCACAGAGCAACAGAUUGGCCAUCAGUAGAAGUGGUCAUUGUAUGGUCCAUUUCGACCACAGACUGCUGUUUUUAAUAGGCGGUCAGAGGUCGCCCGAUGAAUUCUUGAACUCAGUUGAAAUUUAUGAUUCCGCAGACGAUAGAUUUAGGCCAACGCCAAGUACGCAAAGUCUGCUAAAAGCUAGAAAGUGGUUCAAUGCGGUGCAAUAUGGUCGAAAUGUAUACGUUGUUGGAGGUUACUCGGGCGACGGUCCCUUGGACUCAAUUGAAACAUAUAGUCCAAAAACAGCAAAUUCCAGCUGGACUAGUUUUGCUGCUUUGGACGUUGCGAUCUUUUCUUUUGGCUCAGUAGUGCUCGGACAGGAGUUGUUCAUCUCUGGAGGUGUGAUAAAUAGUUCGAACUCUGAAGAGCUGAGGAGUUUUUGCUUCAAGAGCAAGAAAGUAUCCCAGAGGAGUUCGAUGCACUUGAAGCGUAGUCAGCAUUGUCUAGUUGCAGUGAAAGAUUGCCUCUAUGCAAUCGGAGGUCGAAAUUGUUCGGAGGGUGUUUUAAAGUCUGUUGAGAGGUACUCUAUAAUGGAUGAUGCUUGGACCAAAGUUAGCGCUAUGAGUUCUGCCCGUGCUGGUGCCUGUGCAGUCGUGUUUGAUGGUCUCAUCUACGUUUUUGGAGGCAGAGCUCACUUGAGUAUUCCAGUUGCAACCACCAGAAAAGGUGCAAAUGGAGGAAUCGUUGACCCCGAAAUGGAAGUGUAUGACCCCAUGACUAAUCAGUGGAACUUUUUGCCUGUAGACAAUAAUAAUGCUAAUCAGUUUGCAGGAAGGAGUUACGCUGCAGCAGUUUUAAUGCAGCCGUUGAUAAACAGCUCUUAAAACCUGAACUUUCAGUUGUAUAAAAUAUAAAUUUUGAAAAUACUUUAUUGGUUUAGCUUUUGCAAAUCUAUUUAAGCUAUAAAACUGAGUGGUAUGGUAGUGUUUCAUAUAUAUCUAACAGUUGAUUUUUAAGCAAACACGUAUAUCAAAUACUUACUAUUACUUUUUUGGUUCGAAAUAAGAAUCCGUUUUCUACCAACGGAUUAGUUUUCGAGUUUUCAGUUCUCGGGUAAUGGGAGUUCUAAUAUAAUCAAUGGCGGAUCUAGGAUUUU